GACGGAGGCACUGAGCGUUGUGCGCCGCAGCUUUCGGCCGGACACCAGCGCUGAGGACACGAUGUCGGCGCUCUCCUGCCCGCCGCUUUGGGCCGCCACCUGCCUGGCCGCGCUCUGCAUGCUAUCCGCGGGUCAGAACACGACCCUCGCCCCAGGCGGAACGACUCCAGAGCCCACCACCAAGAUAAACACGACGCUGGUGACAUCCAUCCCGCCAGUCACCACUCCAGUACCAGAAACCUGUGAAGGCCGCAACAGCUGUUCCUGUUUUAAUGCUAGCACUGUUAAUACUGCCUGCUUUUGGAUAGAAUGUAAAGAUGAGAGCUACUGUUCUCAUAAUUCAACAGUUAGUGAUUGUCGUGUGGUGAACACAACAGACUUCUGUUCUGUGCCCACUGCCACUCCAGUGCCAACCAAUUCUACAGCUGGAAACACAACUUUGCCUUCCUCCUCUACAACUUCCACCACAGUUCCUACAUCGGGUACAACAAAUACCACUUUGACUCCAACCUCACAACCUAUGCAAAAGUCUACUUUUGAUGCAGCCAGUUUCAUUGGUGGAAUUGUCCUUGUCUUGGGUGUGCAAGCUGUAAUUUUCUUUCUGUAUAAAUUCUGCAAAUCUAAAGAACAAAAUUACCACAUUCUGUAAACAGACCCUGUAAAUUAACAAGGACUGGCGAUUCACUCAUGUAACUCACUGAAACCAAAAUACCAUCUUUCAAGAUGUCCCACAUGGAAGACGCUGUUCCAGGAUCUUUAAAUUUCCAAAGGAUGCAUAUAGGUUUUUUGGGAGCAUCGUCAUUGAAGAAAAAUCAGUUAAAUCAUUUUGUUCAACAGAAAUAUUUAAAAUACUCUGCAUGAAUCCUAGUGGCUGUCUUCUUUUAUUUUAAAUGGCUGCUGCUGUGGGAUUACGUUUUUUUCUUGACAUGCCAAAUGUAACUUUCUAUAAGUGAUGGAAAAUGUUGUCUUGUGCAGACAACAUCAUGACUCUUGGCAGUUUAAAUUUAGUCUUUUUGAAGCCUGAAAGCUGCAUUAUUUUCAUCCU